UUGAGAAGGCAGCGGCAGCAACACUCGGGCGUGUAAGGAGGGUCGGGUUUGAGGACUGGACUGGUGUUUUGUGAUGAGCGGCUAUCCCACUUGCAGCACUAGCAGCAGCAGAGACAGAGGCGCAGGCGGCUCUGCUGCUGCAGCGUCAGGGAAGAGCUACCGAGAGAGGCUUCAGCAGCUCCCACCACUUUGGGCAAACUUGCCGGUUUACUGCUGCUUCUUCUUUUUUUUUUUUUUUUUUUUUCUUCCCCUAGUGGGAAGCUUCUCAGUUGCCAUUCAACAUUUUAAAGCACAAGCCGCUCUGCCGUGAAAGCGCCUGAGCCACACUUCUCUGAAAGGCACAGGAGGGAAUACACAACCGCAGAUUUCACCCACCGUGGCGGUGCAGAUCACAGGAAACAACUGACUGAUAUAAUUUUAUUUGCAAAUAGAACUCUGCUUUUUUUUUUUUUUUUCUAAUCGCGUCGCGGAUCUUUUCCCCCUCCCCUUUGCCAUUCCGCUUAUAUGGAUGUAAUUCAGAAUCUGUGUUAAUUCACGUGGGGGAUCCAGUUACAUCUUGUUCCGCUCCGGGUAUAUUUACGAGAGACCAAUAAUCGCCUUUGGACACAUAGUUUUGUUGCUAACCUUUGAACUGAAAGGAUCAAGUUCAGAUCUGGUUACCUGCAUUGGGACGGGAAGGAAGAGGAGGGAGAGAGAGAGAGAGAGAGACUGCAAUCUCAUUUGUGAAUCGCUCUCAGUGCUGCAGAUCCAGAUUGCUAUAACACAUGCAGUGCAAAUGCAGGUAAGGCACACACACAAACUGCGGAUGCAAAAACAAACUUGGGACUGUUGUGUGUGUAUGUUCAUAUCUACAGCCUUGCAAAUUCUGGGCAAACGGCUUCUGCAGUUUCCGUAUUGUUGCUUUGUGACUAAUGACCUUGCGCAGAGUUGUUAAAAAAAAAAAAAUCCGCUCCGGAGAAAGAGCUGAACAUUUUAGGCGAUCUCUGAAGAUGGAUUUGGGUGCUUUUCUGCCAACCAAAGGGGAUAUUCUGUGGACUGCUCUGUAAUACACGGGGUUCUUCACCUAUCAGCUGUGCAGCCACCGACAUUAUUGGGAUUUUUAUUUUUUUCUUUACCUUUUUAAAUUAUUUUUUCAAAAGAACUGCCCAUUGCUAAGAGGAUUUGGAGUUUUCCCGGACACAAGCCCUUUGAAUAAAGAGAAUCACAUUUAUUUUUUUUUCCCUGUGUGUGCAGAGAGGGGGAAGAAUAAAGCUAAUGCCUUGGUCGUAAACGGCUGAGAGAGAGAGAGAGAGAGAGAGAGAGAGAAAAGAGAGAGAGAGUGUGUGAAUUGUAGUUAACUCUAGUGUCGAAGAAGACGACCUGGGGGGCUUCGAAUCGCACAGUGCUACUCCUGCUUUUAUUGCAAACCUUGCAAAGUGAUUACAGUAAAAUCAGAGAGGAGGAGGAGGAGAAGGGGGAGGAGGAGGAAAAUCCCAUCCUAUCUACCGAGAUGAAUCUUUAAAAAGCAAAAUACACUGUCCCGUGAACUGUAAGUAUAUCGCAACUGGAAGGCAGGGAGAGCAGCAGAGGAGCCCGCAGCAGGCUUUUGACCACCAAUUGCACCAGCCAUGAGACAAUAAGUUUCCAGGAACAGAAGGAUUUUAUAAUUGAUCACCCGGACGCCCAGCCGCUCUGUUGGCUUAUCAGGGGAGUUUACUGGGGGGCAGGUGGGAGUGAGAAGAGGGGGGGGUUUCGGUGCGAGGAAGAUGAGAAAGAUGCGGACUCUCCUUGGCUUUGUGCAUUGCUGCUGCUGCUGCUGCUUCUUGCUCCUCCUGCCUCCGCCGCUCUGGGUCAGCCUGGCAGCGGCCAAGCAGCUCCUGAGGUACCGGCUGGCCGAGGAGGGACCCGCCGACAUCCGCAUCGGCAACGUGGCUUCCGACCUGGGAAUCGUGACGGGCUCCGGAGAGGUGACAUUCAGCCUGGAAUCGGGCUCCGACUACCUCAAGAUCGAUAACAUGACCGGGGAGCUGAGCACCACGGAGCGGCGCAUCGACCGCGAGAAGCUGCCGCAGUGCCAGAUGAUCUUCGACGAGAACGAGUGCUUCCUGGACUUCGAGGUGUCGGUCAUCGGCCCCUCGCAGAGCUGGGUGGACCUCUUCGAGGGCCGGGUCAUCAUCCUGGACAUCAACGACAACACCCCCACCUUCCCUUCCCCCGUCCUCACGCUCACCGUGGAGGAGAACCGGCCCGUGGGGACCCUCUACCUGCUCCCCACGGCCACCGACAGGGACUUCGGCCGCAACGGCAUCGAGCGCUACGAACUGCUGCAGGAGCCCGGCGGGGACGGCGGCCGCCGCGGCGGCGGCGGGGGCGGCGGCGGGGGCGGCGGGGGGGGCUCGGCCUCGGCGGCCGCCGAGAGCGCCCUCUACCCCGGCGGCAGCAAGCGGCGGCAGGAGGCGGACGCGGCGGCCCGCAGCAGCGUCUUCGAGCUGCAGGUGGCCGACACCCUCGACGGGGAGAAGCAGCCGCAGCUGAUUGUCAAGGGGGCGCUGGAUCGGGAGCAGCGGGACUCCUACGAGCUCAGCCUCCGCGUGCGGGACGGCGGCGACCCGGCGCGGUCCUCGCAGGCGAUCCUGAGGGUGCUGAUCACCGACGUGAACGACAACAGCCCCCGCUUCGAGAAGAGCGUCUACGAGGCAGACCUGGCGGAGAACAGCAGCCCCGGGACGCCCAUCCUGCAGCUGCGAGCCGCCGACCUGGACGUGGGGGUGAACGGGCAGAUCGAGUACGUCUUCGGGGCGGCCACCGAGUCCGUCCGGCGCCUGCUGCGGCUGGACGAGACCUCCGGCUGGCUCAGCGUCUUGCACCGCAUCGACCGGGAGGAGGUGAACCAGCUUCGCUUCACCGUCAUGGCCCGAGAUCGGGGCCAGCCCCCCAAGACAGACAAGGCCACGGUCGUGCUGAACAUCCGCGACGAGAACGACAACGUGCCCACCAUCGACAUCCGGAAAAUCGGGCGCAUCCCUCUCCGGGACGGGGUGGCCAGCGUGGCCGAGGACGUGCUGGUGGAUACCCCCAUCGCCCUGGUGCAGGUGUCGGACCGGGACCAGGGUGAGAAUGGCGUGGUGACCUGCACCGUGGUGGGUGACGUGCCCUUCCAGCUCAAGCCGGCCAGCGAGGGUGAAGGGGAGCCGCAGAACAAGCGCAAGUAUUUCCUCCACACCUCAGCCCCCCUGGACUACGAGGCUGUCCGUGACUACAACGUGGUGAUUGUGGCUGUGGACUCGGGCAGCCCCAGCUUGUCCAGCAACAACUCCUUGCUGGUGCGGGUCGGGGACACUAACGACAACCCUCCUGUGUUCAGCCAGGCCGUGCUGGAGGUCUCCUUCCCGGAGAACAACUUGCCCGGCGAGAGGGUGGCCACGGUGGUCGCCACGGACGCGGACAGCGGCAAGAACGCUGAGAUCACCUACUCCCUGGAGGCCUCGCCCCUCUCCUCAGAGGCGCCAGGCGGCAUCUUCAGCAUCGACCCUGACUCCGGGGACGUGUCGGUGCAGGCGGUGCUGGACCGCGAGCAACGCGACACCUACGAGUUCCAGGUGACGGCCCGGGACAAGGGGGUGCCCUCGCUGCAGGGCUCCACCACGGUGGUGGUGCGGGUGGCGGAUCGCAAUGACAACGAGCCGCGCUUCAUGCAGGACGUGUUCACUUUCUACGUGAAGGAGAACCUGCAGCCCAACAGCCCCGUGGGCAUGGUGACCGUGAUGGACUUCGACAAGGGCCGCAACGCCGAGCUCAGCCUCUCCAUCCAGCCCGGCGACCACGACCAGGCAGCUGGCAUCUUCUCCAUCGAGAAUGACACCGGAACCAUUUUCUCCACCGUCUCUUUCGACCGGGAGCAGCAGACCAGCUACACCUUUAAGGUGAAGGCGGUGGACGGGGGUGAGCCGCCGCGCUCCGCCACGGCCACCGUGUCCCUCUUUGUGAUGGACGAGAACGACAACGCACCCACGGUCACUUUCCCCAGCAACAGCUCCUACACCGUGCUGCCGCCCUCCAGCAACAUGCGCACCGUGGUGGCCACGGUGGUCGCCACCGACGCCGACACCGGUCUCAACGCCGACCUCAACUACAGCAUCGUCGGGGGCAACCCCUUCAAACUCUUCGAGAUUGACCCGGCCAGUGGCGUGGUGUCGCUGGUGGGCAAGCUGGCCCCCAAGCACUACGGCCUGCAUCGCCUUGUGGUGCAGGUGAACGACAGCGGGCAGCCGCCCCAGUCCACCACCGCCCUGCUCCACGUCUUCGUCAACGAGAGCCUGUCCAACGCCACCGUGGUGGAGAGCCAGGUGGCCCGCAGCCUCCACACGCCCCUGGCCCAGGACAUCGCCGGUGACCCCAGCUACGAGCUGAGCAAGCAGCGGCUUAGCAUAGUCAUCGGCGUGGUGGCCGGCAUCAUGACCGUCAUCCUCCUCAUCCUGGUGGUGGUCAUGGCCCGCUACUGCCGCUCCAAGGGCAAACACGGCUACGAGGCCGGCAAGAAGGACCACGAGGAUUUCUUCACCCCGCAGCAGCACGACAAGGCCAAGAAGCCCAAGAAGGACAAGAAAGGCAAGAAGGGCAAGCAGCCCCUCUACAGCAGCAUCGUCACCGUCGAGGCUUCCAAGCCCAACGGGCAGCGCUACGACAGCGUCAACGAGAAGCUCUCGGACAGCCCCGGUAUGGGGCGGUACCGCUCGGUCAACGGCGGCCCGGGCAGCCCCGACCUGGCCAGGCACUACAAGUCGAGCUCGCCGCUGCCCACCGUCCAGCUGCACCCGCAGUCCCCCACCGCCGGCAAAAAGCACCAGGCCGUGCAGGACCUGCCCCCGGCCAACACCUUCGUGGGCGCCGGCGACAACAUCUCCAUCGGGUCGGACCACUGCUCCGAGUACAGCUGCCAGGCCAGCAGCAAGUACAGCAAGCAGGUGGAUACAGUGCAGACUACGCAGCACCCUGGCCAUAUUGAGGAAUCAUGUAAAAUGAAUCCAUUUCGUAGAGUGACGUUUUCUGUUGUGAGUCAGCCUCAGGACCCACAUCAAGGGUCAUUGCAGAGUUGCUAUGACAGCGGUCUGGAGGAGUCAGAAACACCAAGCAGUAAGAGUUCAUCAGGGCCAAGACUGGGUGCCCUUCCACUCCCAGAGGACAACUACGAAAGGACUACGCCGGAUGGCAGUGUUGGUGAGGCAGAGCAUAUGGAAAAUGAUUCAAGGCCUCUACCAGAUGUAGCCCUGACAGGGAAGUGUACCCGAGAGUGUGAUGAAUAUGGCCACUCGGACUCCUGCUGGAUGCCAGUUCGCACUUCUCCUGAAAGAAAGCAGAAGAGCCAGCCAAAACUCUCCACUUUCAUGCCUGUCGAUGAACGGGGCAGUCAGGAAAAGCUGGCCAAUGGAGAAGCCUCCCUCAUGGGUGAUCGCAACAGAAACCUCCUUAACAAAAAGUUGACCUCAUCCUAUGAGACCUUCAGCGCAGCUAGUUUCAGCAAAAAUGAAGAAGGCAAUCCAGAGGAUAUCCCCCUUACACAGACAGGGGAAUACAAGCCAUCUCCUGUCAAUACCCUAACUAGAAGAGAAGUUUACCUGUAGGCUAAAAAGCAGCAGCAAAGUUCUUUCAUAUUAUAGGAAAGAAAAGGGGCAAAAGUCUUAAAAUCAAAACAAUUUUAACAAAAAAUAAGAAACAAAAAAAAAGGGGGCCACCAAAGAGACGAAAGAUCUGCCUGCCACUUCUGCCUCCAUAGCAGGCAUUUAAUUAUACUGUCUGCCUGACUAUACUGUACAAUGUAGAAAACACUGUUGUUACUUGCAUGUCUAAGUCCCCCUCACUGAUUUUUAUUUUCCUAAAUCUAUGGUUGCAAAUUCCUCCCAUAGUAACAAGCUUGAUGAAAAAGAACACAACACACUGUUGUUUCCUCCCUGCAGAAGCAUGAGUUAAGCCACUCAUUUUGUUUGUCAUCUGGCUUGUUGAGGAUAACAGGUCAGGGAAAUUGUAUUCAAAACAUAUCAUCUGAAUAUUGCUGAUCCCCACCAGGGACAAUCCUUCAGAAACCAUACAGAUAUAGAGAUAAAUAUAAAGGAAUAAUCAUUAAUAGGCACUUUGUGAAGACCACAGCUUUAAUAUUCUCACCUCUCAUCUGAGGCUGGAAGCAAGAGAAAUAUGUUCAGCCUGAGACUGCAGUCAAAAACGUGGCAUACUUUCCUGUGAGUCAUGAACUCUGGUUCUGUUUUAUCCAUAGAACAAACAUGUUCUUGCUGUGUCUGUUUCUCUCCUCCUCUCUCGUUCUCUGUAAUGACUACGUCAACGUAAACACAAUUAGUAACACAUAUACCGUAGGAUAGUAAUGAUAAACUGUUGAAAUCAUUAUUUUGGGCAAGACUAACAUCUAGCUGGGAAGAUCGUAAUAACAAAAAGGCCAAAGAUCACACAAUGGAUCAGGGGAACUGCUAAGUAUUGGGGCUUGGCUUAGAAAACUAAUAUAUUCACAAAUACACACAUGUACUCAUAAUACACCUUCAGUUACAUUUUGCACAGCAGCACAGUUCACAAGCCCAGAUGACAUUUUUUUUUUUUUCCAGUGUGGUUCAGUUGAAUGCCCAAAGGAACUGAUGUGGGUUUUUUUGUAAUGACAUGAUAUGUUGCAGCGGAUGCUGCAUGUGAUAUGCUGCAUAUGCCAGCUCCAGGGAAUAUUUAAGAUCAAAAUUAAAAACUAAUAGUAGUAAAGAAGGCUGUGUUAAUGAGAAUGCUUGGCAGGAUGGAAAGGGUGGACAAUGGGAUGAUGCAGUGACAAGAGAAUAUUACAAGUCAAAAACAAAAAUCUUCUUUUCAGAGUGCAAGGAAUGAUUGCUAAGUCUUUUGUCAUCAGUGUUGCAGAUUACCAAUUGCUUCAAUUAUGUCAAAGAUAUAAUGAAGGUCUUCUUGAAACACAAGUGCAUUAAAACCAAGAAAAGUGCAAUACUAAAUGAUGUCAAGACUCAGAACAUUUAGGCUAGGGAGAAAAUGGUCUGAUGAACAGUUGUAUGAUACUCACUUAGCAGGUCAAGACGAGUCAAAAGGAGUCCAAGAUGCCGUGAUAUGCAAAAGCUGUGGGCCGUAACGAUUCUCGUGGUGAGCGCUUCUUGAAAGAAAGAGGAAAUGAAACAGAUUUUUGUGCAAUAAAAGCAACAAAAUGUGCACAACUUCAGCUAGUUGCUUUGUAGCUGAUGCUGUAGUAAUAAUGACAGACUGAGCUCAGACAUUCAGAUGACAGCGACAAUCGAUCAACAGAGCAAGGACAGCUCGAGGAGGGGGAAAGCAUUCAAAUCCCUGGCUGUUUAACCUGGCAUUAAGGCAUGGCUAGAUGGCUCUCUAGUAUACUGUAGUCACAAUGUAGUUUUGGGUAGUUUCUUGCUUUGAAGAAUUGCAUAGAAAUAACCUUAAACAGCCUAAAGUAGAGGUUGGUAGAUCAGUACCACUCAUCACAUUUAUCUUUUUGAAUUCAUUUCAUAUAGUGGGAAGUGCCAUUAUUGGCCAUUUUGUUCUCCUCGCUCAAGUUUACUUUCUUCAAGUAACAUUAGUUUGUGUAUAGCAGUUAUGAUGAAUGGGCACAUUUUAGAAAGAAAAUAUUAAAAUCAAAGAUGAAUAAUGAUUGAACAUUUUAAUGUUUAAUUAUUUAAGUAAUAUGGACAGAUGCAAACUAGUACUUUGUUAUGAGACUGCAUACCGCAGUUACUGCUUUGUAUAAUCUGUAAGUACCUGUUUAAAAAUGCUUCUAAAAAUGCUUAUGUAAUGUAUACACAUUUUUCUUGCACGUUUCAACAGAAUACACAAUUGCAUAACACAAAUGAUCAACAGAAUUUCCUUUAAUAAUAUUUUAUUUAAUAUUACACACACAAAAAAAAAAAAAAUAUGUAGCUUGGUUCCAUAUAUCCUUAGACCCUUUUUCUACAAGGCUAAUAAUACAGGUCAUAGAAGACCUUCAGAUUAAAUGGAUCAGCAGUCACUCACCAAUCUUUGCACCACAUAGAACAGUCAUUAAAUAUUUUACUUGUGUGCAUCUCCUUAGAUCUAAAAUGGGUGUGAAAGGAUUUUUAAAAAGUUCUAUCUACUGUAAGUAUUCACAAUAAUUCUAAUGGAACUAGCCACUGUUAAUAUGCUGAUUACUCUUCUGACCUGGCAUGACACACAAAUAUAUUUUGGGUUUGUAUCUUUCUUCUUUAUUUGAAAUAGGUUAAUUCUGGUGCCACUCCAUAAAUAGAGUGCUUUUGUAUAAAAAAUAAACAAAUAAAACUAUAAAAAAUAAUUAGGGUGAAUGCAAAAUAUGCAACUGUGCCUUUUAUACCUAUUAUUAUGGUAAAGUGGUAGUUGGGUUUGGACACUGAGGGAUAAGGGGCUAUUCCCAACUUUUUUGAACCUGUAUAUUUACCUGUGUUUAUUUUCUGAGAAAUUAUAAAUAAUAUAUUUAAAAACAAGCCUUUUGCCAAACUCAGUUAAUGGACCAGUCUUAAGCAUUAUUAACACAAGGCUGUGGUUUAAGUAGGUCUUGAGGAUUUUUUUAAUUACUAUUUGUGUGGGGUUUGGGGUUGUUUUCAUCUGUUUUUAAUUCUGCUGCCUGGAAAACUAUGAUCAGUCUAUAUUGUAGUUAUUUAGCAAGGUGUCACCGAUUCAUGUUGUCAGGAAAACUGACAAUUAAUAUUUUUUUAAUUGUUUUUAGCUGUCAUCACAUUUCAGUUGUACAGUAUAGAAAACAUCCUUUUAUUUCCUUCCAUGGGAAACUCAAAUGAGCUUUGCAUGUAUUUUACAUUAGGGCACCUUUAUAGAUUGAUGCAUUAAUAUAUAACUUUAUAUGUAUUAGAAAAUUCAAUAGCUUCGGUCUAAAAUCUAAUGCUCAUUCUGGAUCUCAGAUCCACUAUGUUUAUUCAAUAUGGUUUCUGACUGGCCUGCUGCCUGAGUUUCAGGAAAAAAAAGUUAAACGUUAUUUUUAUGUGGGGGAAGAACUUAAAUGGGGUUGAAAUGAUUGGCUGAAAGGCUACCCUAGGAAGUUGUCAAGCAGGAAAGCAAAGAAUAUGGAUAAAGACCUUGCCCUAAAUCCAGCCAUCGCCAAGCACUUGUAAGGAACUUGAACAACGAAGUAUUUUUCCUUUUGUUUCACUGGUGAUAAAUAUACAGUGUUUCCUUAAAGAGUGAAGCAGAUGACAUAGCAAUAGAAAUGAAAGUCCAUCAGUUAAGUUGUAUUACCAACUGAAGAGCAUAAACACAAGGAAGAAGACAACAUUCACCAGCUACCUGGGGUAUGCUUUCAGACAACUUUUUCCUAAAUUUUAAAGCACUUGCAUUCAGUGUGGUACGAUCUGUUUGUAAUAUUAAUCAUUGACUAUUGUUCUGCAACUUGGAUGUUGAUAGUGAAACAGAGAACAAUUUAUCAUUGUUUAUUAUGAGUCACUAUGCACGCAACUAUGCUAAACAUGGCAAAAUGUAUUAAACGCUAGUCCACCUCUAUUUAUGAAAUAUUUACAUAAUUUAAUUUGCUUUUGUACAGUUUUAUGUAAAUAAAUUGCUUGUCAUUUUUGUCUCUGCAAAUUAAAAUAUAACAUGUUCAACUGGU